AUAUCAGCAUGAAUCAAUUCCAAGUCCACUGGUUACUGGAGUCCUGUGCACACAAUGACACCAAAGGACCUGGGAAAGUAACAGAGCUGACCUAUGAAAACUACAUGAUUCUGAAGGACUUGUCAUUUUCAUGCAAAUAUAAAGUAACUGUUUUGCCUACAAAAUCUAAAGGUCGUUUUAAGGCUGAGAUGCCAGUUCUACCCAAAGUGUUGGCCAAACCCGAGAAUCUAUCUGCGUCUUUCAUUGUUCAGGAAGGUAACAUCACUGGUCAUUUUUCCUGGAAGAUAUCUAAGGCAGACCUUCACCAGCCCAUGACAGGGUUUCAAGUCACUUGGGCAGAAGUAACCACAGAAAGCCGGCAGAACAGCUUACCCAACAGCAUCAUUUCGCAGUCACAGAUACUGCCAGCAGAUCAUUAUGUACUUACCGUGCCCAAUCUGAGGCCAUCGAUGCUGUACCGCUUGGAAGUUCAAGUGCUGACGACUGGUGGGGAAGGACCAGCCACGAUAAAAUCGUUCCGAACACCUGACCUUCCUCCGUUUUCACCACACAGACCUCAUCUGAAACAGCAUCACCCACAUCACUACAAGCCACCCCCAGAGAAAUAUUAGACUGUUUCAGAUGAUUAUACAAAUAACUGCGAGAAAAACUGAGCACCCAAAUGGGGGCUGAGAAAAGGCACAUCUGUAGAAGCAAUGAACCCAGUUUUCCAGUGGAAGGUACCAUCCUGUACGAUCUGUAUCUACUUCUUUGUAGUUUAGCCAUGAAGAAUUGUAUUUGCACCAAGACCAGGAUGAAACAUACAGCAAGGAUCAUUUCAGUACCA